GUGCGACGGCCCGCGACUCCCUGACGCCAGUGCGAGUAGACCGGACCCGCGACAGGCAGCUGUGUAGCAUGGAAUCUUUGGGAGCAAGCUUGAUAGUGGCAUAUAAGGCGUCCGGUUGAGUUAUUCUAUCCUGAAGCUUUUGAGGAACGAGUAGUAAUCACCUGGCCGCGGAAAUCGUCUGUACCUUUGACGAACGCCACAGCCUCUUGAGCCUUGGUGGGCCACUCGUCCAUCCAGUCGCACUCGACCGCCAAAUAACCAUCGUCUUUUCAGCGACGAACGCCGCCAUGAACGUCACCUCGCUCUUCUCCUUCACCAGCCCGGCCGUCAAGCGCCUCCUCGGCUGGAAACAGGGCGACGAGGAGGAAAAGUGGGCGGAGAAAGCCGUCGACGCGCUGGUGAAGAAGCUGAAGAAGAAGAAGGGGGCAAUGGAGGAGCUGGAGAGGGCACUGAGCUGCCCCGGGCAGCCCAGCAACUGCGUCACCAUCCCCAGAUCUCUGGACGGGCGUCUCCAGGUGUCCCACAGGAAGGGACUGCCCCAUGUGAUCUACUGCCGGGUGUGGCGCUGGCCCGACCUUCAGUCGCACCAUGAGCUGAAGGCCCUGGAGUGCUGCGAGUACCCAUUCGGCUCCAAGCAGAAGGAUGUUUGCAUCAACCCCUACCACUACAAGAGAGUGGACAGUCCCGUGCUGCCCCCAGUUUUGGUGCCGCGCAACAGCGAGUUCAACGCCAAACACAGCAUGCUGCCGCGCUUCCGCAACCCGCUGCAUCAGAACGAACCCCACAUGCCCCAGAACGCAACUUACCCGGAGUCCUUCUCCCAAGCCAACACCCAGAUGAACUUCCCCCCGACGCAGACGCACUCGCCCGGGGUCAACAGCUAUCCCAGCUCCCCUGGCAGCGGGGGCAGUGCCACGUUCCCCCACUCCCCCGCCAGCUCUGACCCGGGCAGCCCGUUCCAGAUGCCAGAAACCCCGCCUCCAGCCUACAUGCCCCCAGAGGAGCAGAUGACACAGGACUGCCCCCAGCCCAUGGACACGAACCUGAUGGUCCCCGCGUUGCCCCUGGAGAUCAGCAACAGGCCAGAUGUGCAGCCGGUUGCCUAUGAGGAGCCCAGGCACUGGUGCUCUAUAGUGUACUACGAGCUCAACAACCGGGUUGGCGAGGCCUUCCAGGCCUCCUCCACCAGCGUCCUGGUCGACGGCUUCACCGACCCGUCCAACAGCCGCAACCGCUUCUGCCUGGGCCUGCUGUCCAACGUCAACCGCAACUCGACCAUAGAAAACACCCGGCGGCACAUCGGCAAAGGGGUCCAUCUCUACUAUGUGGGUGGGGAGGUGUACGCCGAGUGUCUGAGCGACAGCAGCAUCUUCGUCCAGAGUCGGAACUGCAACUACCACCACGGCUUCCACCCCACCACCGUCUGCAAGAUCCCCAGCGGCUGUAGCCUGAAGAUCUUCAACAACCAGGAGUUCGCCGAGCUGCUCGCCCAGUCCGUCAACCACGGCUUCGAGGCCGUCUACGAGCUCACCAAGAUGUGCACCAUCCGCAUGAGCUUUGUCAAGGGCUGGGGUGCAGAGUAUCAUCGCCAGGAUGUAACUAGCACCCCCUGCUGGAUAGAGAUACACCUGCACGGACCUCUGCAGUGGCUAGACAAGGUGCUCACCCAGAUGGGCUCUCCCCACAACCCCAUCUCCUCUGUGUCGUAGACUCAACUGUACCCGGGCCCCAGGGCCAUCCAAACCCAGCAUUUAGGUUCCGAUGGCGGGACGGGGUGGGUGGGUAUUCAGGGUUGGGCGUCAUUUCAAGUCAGGAGGUGAACUGAUAUUCCACGUUUUCCUCAUUAAAAAGCAUUGGAAUUUCGGUUGCUGUAUUGACUGACGUGACUCGACCCCAGCCCCGGCGGGUUCGUACUCUACUUGAAGGAGUGUGUCUGAAAUUGGGCACACUGCAGACCGGCAUGGGGAGCGAGGCGAGGGAAGCUUCUGGAAGAUACUUGAUCUUUGUGACCAACUGUAAUAAUCAGAUCAUUAUAAUUCAUCAUCAGUAAAACAAUACGCAAAGUAUCCUCCUCACCUGGGCUCAUUUUCAAAAAGUCUCAGAGUGGGAAUAUUCUUUUUGGGGGGGAUCCAUUUGGCCUUUGUGAACAUAGUGAGUAACAUGGAAAGUAGGGGAGCUGUCUCUAGAUCAGCACUCUGACCCUAAGACUUGAAUGUGAGUCCCUGAUAUUCUUCUGUCAGUUUUCCUCUGUUUUGUUUUCCUCUCCUCCUCUCCUUAGGUUUACAUAGCAGUAUUCCAUUGGAAACCCAAUGUAACCAGUUCCAUAGGUUGUUACAACUAUAAUAAACAUGUACAGAAUUUUAAGGACAGGAGGACGACCAAUAUGGGUGAAUAAAACACAUACAUGUAGAAUCAUUAUGUUUCUUACAAACAUAUUUAGAAUGUAUGGAAAUACUGAGGUCAGUAAAUAUUAUUCUCCCCCAGAAUUCUAAGAAUGUUAUUUUAUAGGUUUUUGGCCAAUGAAAAUGUAGCAAAAACUUUGGAGAAAAAGAAACCUAUGAAAGAAAAUCCCUUUAGAUAAUGUAUAAACCCGGCCAUGAUAAGAAUUCAGAAGAGGGCAUCAAAUGGAGUGGGGGGGAGGGUUAAUGUGGGAUUGCGGGGCGUAAAAUAAGAAAAGAGAAAAAAAGUACAUAAAUAUUGCUGUUCUUGUGUUACAACUGAAUUAAAUGAUUAGUGUUUUAGGUAUACUCACCAUUAGAGUAAAGUGCAGUGCAGUCCGUUUUGCAAAGCGUAGUUUGGUUUAGCGUAGCAAAUGACCGUUUGGCUGGAUUAGGUAGUGAUUGGAGAUUUACACAGAACAGAGACCGGGACAUUAGGAUAGUUCACUUAAUGCCUAGCUGUGUGCUGCACAGCAAAAAAAAUAGUAGUUUGUCAACUGCAGUGUCACAUUAAGGACUUCUCUGUGGCAUUGUAUUGCAUCAACUCAGCAGAACUUUCUAAAAGACAGCUAUUAAACAAUGUUUUAUUUGUGCCUGUGCCUGUUACAUUUUGGCAUCUUUUGGCAUAAUUUGUUGACUGAAAAAAAGGUAUCAGUUUCAUUGCUGAGUACUGAUGGCCAUAAAUGUUUUUAUUGUUUAGUGAAAAUGCAGAAAAUGCUUUUUUGCCUUUCAAUUAUUUUAUGCUUAGAAAACCCCCUCCGCUAUUAAACUGUUGUAUUAUUUUUUUCUUCCUUUUUUGAAAGUUUUCAGUUGUUUCUUGUUAUCUGCACUUUGUCGUAUUGUUCUCUCUUUGUUUUGUGUUUUUCUUUGUGCUGUUUUUGCUGAGUAGUACUCCCAGAAAGCAGUUUUAUUCCAUGAAUAUCAAGUCUCUACUGGAAGAUUCAAUAAAUAAAGUUGUUUCAUUA